AUGCAUGGGCCAGGCCUUCCUGUGUUCACUAGCCCGUCGGAGUGCAGCACUGCUGUCCGGCUGACAGGAAGUAAGACUGCCGCAGCAGGAAGUGAGACCGCCCAGCAGGAAGUAAGACUGCAGCUCUGCAGGCAGUGGCUCUGCUGCUGCACCUCUCUCUCUCUCUCUCUCUCUCUCUCUCUCUAUCAGGUGAAGUCUGUGAAGACUGGUUCAGUGUUUUGGGCCAUCGGUUGCUGCCUCUCCUACUUCUACAUGGUGUCAGCGUGGGGAGGCUAUGUGUUCAUCAUCAACCUGAUCCCGCUCCACGUGUUUGUUCUGAUGUUGAUGCAGCGCUACAGCAAGAGAGUUUACAUAGCCUACAGCACCUUCUACAUCGUAGGCCUGGUCCUGUCUAUGCAGAUCCCCUUCGUCGGCUUCCAGCCAAUCAGGACCAGCGAGCACAUGGCAGCAGCAGGUGUGUUUGCGCUGCUCCAGGCCUAUGCCUUCCUGCAGUACCUGAAGGAUCGUCUGACCAGGCAGGAGUUCCAGACUCUCUUCCUGCUGGGCGUGUCUCUGGCUGCUGGCCUGGUCUUCCUCACUGUCAUCUACCUCACCUACACAGGUUAUAUCGCUCCGUGGAGUGGACGCUUCUAUUCCCUCUGGGACACAGGCUAUGCUAAGAUCCACAUCCCCAUCAUAGCGUCGGUGUCAGAGCACCAGCCCACCACCUGGGUCUCCUUCUUCUUUGACCUCCACAUCCUGGUGUGCACCUUCCCUGCAGGCCUCUGGUUCUGCAUCAAGAACAUCAAUGACGAGAGGGUCUUCGUGGCGCUGUAUGCCAUCAGCGCUGUGUACUUUGCUGGGGUGAUGGUACGUCUGAUGCUGACUCUGACCCCGGUGGUGUGCAUGCUGUCAGCCGUGGCCUUCUCCAGUGUGUUCGAGCACUACCUGGGAGACGACCUGAAGAGGGAGAGCCCCCCCGCCGACGACAGCAGCGACGAGGACGACCGCAGGCCCGGAAACCUCUACGACAAGGCUGGCAAGGUGCGGAAGCACGUGUCGGAGCAGGAGAAGGCGGAGGAGGGGCUGGGCCCCAACAUCAAGAGCAUCGUCACCAUGCUCAUGCUCAUGCUGCUCAUGAUGUUCGCUGUGCACUGCACCUGGGUCACCAGCAACGCUUACUCCAGCCCCAGUGUGGUGCUGGCCUCCUACAACCACGACGGGACCAGGAACAUUCUGGAUGACUUCAGGGAGGCCUACUAUUGGCUGCGUCAGAACACUGAGGAGCAUGCUCGCGUCAUGUCCUGGUGGGACUACGGCUACCAGAUAGCAGGCAUGGCUAACCGCACCACGCUGGUAGACAACAACACCUGGAACAACAGCCACAUAGCGCUGGUGGGUAAAGCCAUGUCGUCCAAUGAGAGUGCAGCGUACGAGAUUAUGCGGAGCCUGGAUGUGGACUACGUCCUCAUCAUCUUCGGCGGUGUGAUUGGCUACUCGGGCGAUGACAUCAACAAGUUCUUGUGGAUGGUCCGGAUAGCAGAGGGAGAGCAUCCAAAGGACAUCAGGGAGAGUGACUACUUCACCCCUCAGGGGGAGUUCAGAGUGGACAAGGCUGGCUCACCCACCCUGCUCAACUGCCUCAUGUACAAGAUGUCCUACUACCGCUUCGGAGAGAUGCAGCUGGACUUCCGGACACCUCCUGGGUUCGACAGGACGCGUAACGCAGAGAUCGGUAACAAGGACAUCAAGUUCCAGCAUCUGGAGGAAGCGUUCACCUCGGAGCACUGGCUGGUGCGCAUCUACAAGGUGAAGAAGCUGGACAACAGAGAGCCGCUGGACCGCAAGCUGCGCUGCGUCUCCCCCAAGCAGAAGUACAUCUCCAAAAAGACUUCUAAGAGGAAGCGGGGACAUAUCAAGAACAAGCUGGCCGUAAAGAAAGGAAAGAAACUGACCAAGAAAUAACGAAUCUGGACUCGACGAAACUUCACACACACACAGAAUCAAAAAAUGCAACUGGCAAAGAAAACUCUACCAAUGAAGAAGAACACGACGCCCAUGGUCUGGAACGUUAGUUAGCGCUUAUCCUCGAGCGCAAGUCCUCAGAGCGCCUCCGUGUGCUGGGAGGCGGAUGAUUCAUCUGGUUUAGCUCCAGAAGUCUUAGUGCGUUUUAUCCAGAGGACAUUUGUCUUGUUCUUUUUUCUCUCACUUUCUCUUCUUUUUUUCCCCAUUUCUAUUUUUUGUACUUGAAUGUGUGGCAAGACACAGACCUGCUCGAUUGAGGUCAGCAUCGAUUACUGAAUUAAUUUUUGUGGUACAUUUAGCUCUGUUGUCAACGAGGGGAGCGGGCAGGGUGGAGGGG